UUGCUUCAUUAACUUAUUUUUAUUGCCUUUCCUGAAUGACUUCCGUUUAUUUAGGCACAUGCCUAAGAGUUUUAGGACUUACUUGACAUGGGUUCAAAUCCCUCCUGUUCCGUGAUUUAUGUAGGCGACGCAUCUCUUUAAAACACUGACACUUUUCUGGUUUAUACUGUGUAGUGCAAGUUUGCCAGGUUACUAACACAGUUAAUAACUUGAAAUUUUUACCUUUUAUGUGAUAACUCGAUAAUCUCUCUCCUGAUCAUUUUGAAUGUUUUAGCAUUGGUGGGUUUCUGUCAAGUGAUGACUUUAAUUGAUUUUUGGUUAUGUACAUUUGAAUUUAUCAAUUCAAUUAAACAAAUCACUUACCAUCCAAUAAUUGGAGAUUACCUCUUCAGUUUACCUGUAUUGUACUUAGGUAAAGAUUUACAAUGAGUUUGAAAGAAGUAUUGGUGAAAAUGUGAUAAUUUGUGAAUGCCUCAUCUGAUUAACUUCUAAACUUCAAUGCUGACACCUUGAGAAUGUAAGCUGUGAGAAGCUUCAAGCUUAAAAUUUAUUUCUGGGUAUAUUUCUGUGCAAUAACUAGAGAUUGUUUCUUCUUUUGAUCGGCCGUAAUCAGAGUAGAAGGUACACACUGAUUUUUUUUCACUGUAAGUGCUAAUUUGUCAUUUUUUUUUAUUGGAGAAAUUAUAUUAGUUUUUAAAUAAAAUCUAGGGAAUGCCUCUUCUAAUUGUCUUCAAAUACUCAGCGCUGAUAUUCAAUUGCAAUGAGACUUAUGUGUAAUGGGGGAUAUCUUUUCCAGAUCGUGCAGAUGCCGAUUAAGUUUACACUUGUUUACUGAGUUACAUCUCCCUUCAUUGUAUGUCAGGUUUCUCAAACUGCUUUUAUAGGAGCAAUUCCCUAUUUAGUGGAUUAAAUAGAGAUUUGUGUAUAUGAUCUAAGUGAUAAUAUAUACUCUUGUAGUAUUUCAAUUAUUUAUACUUAUUGAUAAGUGUAUAAAAAAUAUAUUAGGCUCAUUAGGGACAAAUGGCUACACAUUAUUAUUAUUAUUAUAAUCAAAAGAAGCGCUAAGCCACAAGGACUAUACAGCAAAUGGCUACACAGAGAAAUUGCCCAGUAAUCUUCUAUUGGGAUUGUUUCGCUCAAGGUCAAGUUGUAGUGAAACCUAGUACCAACAAUAGCUUGUUGUGCAUAUUGUGUCUAUACUCUAAUACUUAUCAAGAUUACCUCUUUAACUUUGUAAUGUGCAACAAUAUUCAGUUUUUUAGAUGUUAGAAUUACCUUUCUUCCCAAAGAAUGGAACUUCCAUAGUGUUACUUUUAGUUUGUUUGUCACAACACAUUUGUCCCUCUUCUCUCCGCCUCUUCAAUUCCGCAUUUAUAAACAUCGAUCUUUACCUCCCACCAGCGUGGGAUUUGUCCUAACCUUCAGCUAGUGUGAGGCGCGCUGGUCGGGUCACUUCACCGCCACACCUCCUCAACUUCCCACGCCUCUCUCUCUUUCUCACGUUGCUGCCAUCACGCUCCUGGGUUUCGCUACACGACACUCAUGUGGCUACCUACUUUUAUGGCAUUCCUGGCCAUUGUUUUGAUGGUUUUGCUAAUCCAGACCACUAAUGGGGACCAGGUUAGCUGGAACAGAACAGGUUUGAAUGUUCGCCUUGUUAAGUCUGGUCAACUCGUUCAGACCAAUAGCGUUACGUCCGUGGUCAUUUGUGCUGUCAUCUGCGGUCAGAACUCCAACUGCGUCUCUUUCAACUAUCACAGUGGGGAUCGAGUGUGUGAGCUGAUGAAUUUCGAGCCUUUCAUGUCCAACGACCCAUCGUUGGUACCAAUGCAGAACUGGAAUCACUUCUCCUAUAUUAUCCCUGUGAAGACGCCAGAUCCCGGUCUCUGUCCCACUGGCAGUUUUGUUCUUCCCUUCGACAUGCCUGUGUACCUCAAGUACGACCCCACCCUUAGCCCCUUCACGUGCUCCAACAACUCAUGGCUCGCUAACCAGCACUCGCUCGGCAAGACUAACUGUCACCUAGCUCUGAUGUACAACACAGAGUACGCUGGCUACGACUGUUCAGGUUUUCCAGGAGGCAGUCUGAAUUAUUCCACAUCUCUCCAUCAGUGUCUCCAGUACUCUUGCAUCGGCAUGGUCUGUAGAAACCCAAGCUCCUGCUGGUUAAAGUACGCAACUCACAUCUCUAACAAUAAAGCACCUUCUUCUAGUACCUUCCUGUAUUGGUACGCAGUCUGCCAGUGAUGCCAAGAUCAGUUCACUCUGCCGAAGACUUACUUGAAUUAUCAGAAGUGAACAUCUUAAUUAGAUAAAAGAUUCUAGUCAAUAAUGAAUAUCAUCCAGCAACACAAAGAUCUUCCAGCAAAAAACUCAGUUUUUUUUAAUCUAUUUGUAUUCUAUGUCACUUUUACUGUCAUUGAAAAUUUCAGUAUUCCUAGUGUUUAGAUUUUUGCUCAAAUUCUGAUAUAUUAAGUUAAAAAUAUCACCAAGUCUGAAUAAUUUCAGAUUUAAUACUUUAACAAUAUUACCAGGCAAGACGCUGCCUGGUAAUAGAGGUGUUCUCAUUAAAAUUUAUUUUUAACUUAUGGUGAAGAUUUCUUUUAACGUGUUUACAUAAAAUUCCAUAAUUGUUUGGUCACAAAAAAUCCGGUUUAUCAAAACGAUUAUUAACAUUACUAUUAAUAACUACACUUUAGUAUAAGGUUGUGGUAAGAUUACAUAGCGUUGCUAAAACUACAAUGUGUGUUGAGACUAGAAAGAGCAUUCUUGAACAUAUACUUUGUGUUUAGGAGACUGACACUGUUUGCAAAACUGCACCGUUUGUGAGUGCGUAGAUGACGUCACUGUGUUUGUUAGGGUACACUGUCUGCUGUUGAGAAUACAUUCUGUGUUUUGAAGAUUUCGGUGCUUUGUUAAGACUACACUGAGCGUUACUGAGACUACACGGUGUGUGGCUGAAAUUACAAGGCAUUUUGAGAUUACACCGCGUGAAAGCUAAACUACAUUGUAUGUUGCCGAGGUAACACUAUGCUACUGAACUUUGACUACACUGUUUUGCUGAGACUACUCUGUAUCGCUCUAGUAACACUUUGUUACUUAACCUAUACUGUAGCUGUGAUGCUGGGACUACAGAAAGUGUUGCUGCGACUGCACUGUGUUGCUGAAACUACACUGUGUCCCUGAGACUACACAGUGCUCAUUUUUCUUGCCAUUAGACUGAUCACACUUCUGUUUCUAUGGCUACCACUCCAUUUCUGUUACUAUUGCUACUACCAUUACUAUUGCCUCUCUUUACACUUUAUCUCCUUUUCUAACUCUUGUGCCACUGUAACUACUCUCCCUGCAUUCUACUCCCACUACUAUUUUUACUACUAUUUCCACUACCUGCCUUACGACUACUUCUUUUUCUUCCUCUCUUGGUCCUGGCCCUGUCGCCCUUUGCUGUAUAUACUAGUUCUCUCACUUUUGCGUUAGUGUGACAAUAAAUGCUUCAAGUAGGACCGAAACGUCGUUUUAAGCUUCUCAUUGCUAUAUGCGGCCUAUUUGUGUAUUGGUUCAGUCACGGUAUUGUGCCUGUGUGUUUUUUACUACACUAUGUUGUUGAGACUACAUUGAAUCUCUGAGCCUACACUGGUAAAAAUGGAAUGUGACACCGACAGGUUGUUGGAAAGACAAAAUAUAAACACGAGGUCAUUUUACUGGAAAUCUAACUUAUCGUCUCCAGUAAAAUGUCCUAGUGUUUGCAUUUUGUGGCUUGUGACUCCACUGUGUUGCUGAGACUACGCUGCAUGUUGCUGAGACUACACUGAGUUGCUGUGACUGUCUUGCUCAGAUUACACUGAGACUACACUGUGUACUUUUUUGGGAUACACUAUGAUAUUGAGAUUACAUUAUGAGCUACUGAGACUACAGUGUGUAUUGCUGACAGUACAGUGGGUAUGGCUGAAACUACUCUGUAUCAACAUACUUCUGAAGAGGCACAUAGUUUCUCAAAAACUUAAUGUAAAAAUUGUAUUGAAUUCACUUUUCUAAAAAUAUAUUUACUUUUGAUAAGUUUCCUCAAAUAUAUUUCAGCCAUUUAGAAAUACAAGAAAUGUAUGUGGAUUUUAAGUUUUUAUAGAAUUUAAACUCUUACAAAAAUCAACAUUUUUAUUUGACAUUCAUGGUAUUAUUAACUUCCUGGAACAAUCAAAUAUUAAAUAAAGAGAUACCGUAUACAACCGUUUAGUCUCAUAUAAAGAAUACGAUCCAGGUACGUGUGGAAAAUUGGGCAUAUUUCCUUAAUCCGUAACCGCUGUUCACCUAACAAUAAGGAGGUCUCUUGAUGUUAGGUGACUGUUGUGAGCCUUAUUCCAGGAUGCUUACAUUGACCUAGGUUUUGAAAUGAGCAGAGGUAUAACAACUGC